CUUCCUGCGUGCUGGGGGGAGGGCGGGGCAGGGACGCUAGCACGUCGGUGCCGCCGCCGGCCUCCAGGCGGGAUUGAGGAGGAGCUCUAAAAAGACGAAGAAAGAUCUUCUCAUUUCCAGGGUAACUGGAGACCACUUUUGCCUGCAUCUUAUUCUGCCUUUCUCCAAGUGAAAUAAACUAUACAGUUUUGCCUGUAUAACUGCUUCUCCAGUAGAAUAUCAUUCAAGAUUUAGGAUGCUACGGGGACUUGGGUCACUAAUGAUUGGCUUUUAAAUACUGACAAUAUUCUUCAUAAAUUAAGAGUUUAAGACCAGAAGGGACUAUUGUGUCAUCUAGUCUGACCUCCUAUAUCACAGGUCACCAGACCAUCCAAUACCCACUCACUGCAUCCAACAACCAAAAUAUGACCAAAGUAUUUUAGCCUAUAGGAAAUGAGAUUAUGUGCCACAGGCAGAGAAUAGGAAGAUCCAAGGUGCAUCAGUGCCUGAGGCUCCCACAGUGACAGAGAAAUGAUUUAGUGAGAUAUACCCAGAUAAUCCUGGCAAAUGAUCCACGACCUGCAUGCUGCAGAGGAAGGUGAAAACUCUACAAGAUCACUGCCAAUUUGAUUUUGGGGGGAAUUCCUUUUUGACCCCACAUGUAGUUAUCAGUUAGACCAUGAGCAUGAGAUCAAAACCCAGCUAGUCACAUACCUGAGAGAGAGAUUGUACUUGAAGCCUCCCCUUCCAAAGUCCCUUCUUCAGCCAUGGCCAUCCUUGAUGCUUCAGAAGAAGGAGUUCCAUCCCUUCCAGGAAUAUGUUGGGGAAGGGGAAAAAACCUCUUCAUGAUCCAUGCAGGAUCCUCUUUGCAAGCUCAGUGCUUAACCUGACUGAACUUAUUGCCCUUCGGCCUGACCUUGGCAAAUUGAAAAAGGUCCUUUACUUCCAUGAGAACCAGUUGGCAUAUCCUGUACAGAAGUACCAGGAAAGAGAUUUCCAAUAUGGAUACAACCAGAUUCUUUCAUGUUUGGUUGCUGAUAUUGUGGUGUUCAACUCUACUUUUAAUAUGGAGUCAUUUCUUACAUCUAUCGGAAAAUUUCUGAAGCUGAUUCCUGACCACAGGCCUAAGGAUCUGGAGAAAAUAAUCAGACCAAAGUGCCAAGUUCUUCAUUUUCCAAUCAGAUUUCCUGAUGUGAGCCGAUUCAUGCCGGAGCGCAAACUGGCCCAUUUGGAGAAGAUAACUGGUGUUGGAGGAAAUGGAGAUACUUAUCUAUUUAGGUGUCUGCCUUUCCAACAGAAGUAUAGAGCCACUGAGAGUUUAAUGAAAAACAGCAGCUCAAGUCCUGAGUCUGGACUUUGUGAAGCACGGUCUGGACUUUGUACCACACAACAAGAAAGACUACAAUACCCAUUAAUAUCACUAGAGAAACUGAACAAGUCUGAAGCAUCAGAAAGUACAAAUCAAGAAGUGCCUUGUCAAGAAGAUAAGCAACAUGUGACUUUUAACCCUUGUAAUCUCUUGAGUGGAACGGACUAUCAGCAAAGACCUUUGCACAUUGUCUGGCCUCACAGGUGGGAGCAUGAUAAAGACCCUGAGAGUUUCUUUAAAGUAUUGCUGAAACUUAAAGAGAUGGACCUGCCUUUUCAUAUGUCUGUCCUUGGAGAGACUUUCACUGAUGUACCAGAUAUAUUUCCAGAGGCCAAAAAGGCAUUGGAAUCUUCUAUCUUGCACUGGGGUUACUUACCUAGAAAAGAUGACUAUUUCCAAGCUCUGUGCAUGGCUGAUGUUGUGAUCUCAACAGCUAAACAUGAAUUCUUUGGAGUGGCAAUGAUAGAAGCUGUAUAUUGUGGUUGUUAUCCACUAUGUCCUAACGCUUUGGUGUAUCCAGAAAUAUUUCCAGCUGAAUAUCUGUAUUCUACACCUGAACAGCUUUUUAAAAGGCUUCAGAAUUUCUGCAAGAGACCAGAUAUUGUAAGGAAACAUCUCUACAAGGGUGAGAUGGAUCAGUUUUCUUGGGCAGCACUACGUGGUAAAUUCAGGUCUCUGCUCACAACAGAACCUAGGGAAGAUUUGUGACAGAUGGAGCUAAGUCACAAACUUGUAGCCUAAGGCAGAAUCUGUAGAACUUUCCAGAGUGUGCCCAUAUUUACCUGAUCAGAGAGAAAAGAAAAUCUGCAGAGGAAGCUGAGCCUGGCUGCUUGUCAUAGCUGACACAGAGCCAUCUGCCACAAACCUGUGGCGGCUUCAGAUCUCCAAUCCCUGCCACCACCCGAACUCAAAUUAAAUACAGAUUCCUAGAGACGUUAUGAUGGUUACACAUGUCCUCGGCAUCACAUGCAGGAGACUGUUCAAAAAAAAUAUGUGGCCUGUUGUAUAACCGCACUCAUGUAUCCCAUAUGUGGUGCCACAUUGAAUUUCCGGUUAAAUCUGUUUUUAUCCUUUGUACUGGAUGACAUGGUGCCUGAAUUCUUUCUUUUUGCCGACAUGAUGGCAGCCAAACUGCAGCUUCAAACGCUCACACUUGGCUGGGUUUCUACCUAGGUUGCCAGGUUAUCAUUGGAGCCUUAUUGUGUCCUCAAAGGGCCACAGGGCCUGAAAGGAGGAUCAGAGUGCUACUGGACUAAUUGGGCAGCCAUCUAUGAAUUGUUUGUAGGCAAAGCACUUUUCUUUUUGCAAAUUAAUGACUCUCUGGCACAGGGUUUUUAAGUGAAGGUAUUAAUAAGGGGUCUGGCAGGUAUUCCCAUGAUUCACAGUUACAUUUGCAUUUAAUUAAUCUUAAAGAAAGCUGCAAGAUAAACAGCUGUAAUUCAAACUAGCAUGGGAAAUAUGCUACAUGGUGCCAUCUAUCCGAUAAAAUGAAAGCUGAGACACUUGUUUUAUUUCUCUCAAGGAUGGAGAACAAACAGAUAACAGUCAAAAUACUUCCAAUAAAAACCAGUAGUUUUUAUGUAACUGUAGUUCAUCAAAAAUCUUUGCAUUCAGUUACAAAUAUAAUCUUAAAGAUAAAUCACUUAUGAUUCUAAGCAUUAGGCUGCUGUAUUUGUUGAUGUAAAAUGUUUUGAAGAUUUAGAUUGUACAAUAAAUUUUAAUAAAGUGCCCACUGCAUUUUUUAAUUAGUAUAUCUCAUUCAUGUAUAAGUGUGUACAUCCAUCUGUAUGCUUAUCACUGUGCAUAUCCUUGUGACAGAGUCAAUGAAUACAAUUGUGUCUUUAUCUGAUGAAUUUAGAUUCUGUUUUGCAAAUGAUAAUAAAAUUGUUAUAACAACUCCAAGA